UCGCGAGCUGUGGCAGUUUGCCGUCUUGCCACUUUCGGGUUGACACGCUUCCGAGCGCGCGCCAUGGGCGCGCUUCUAGUGCUGUUGCUGCCGGUGGUGUCAGACGCCGCCAUCUCAGUGCUGGCGCACCAGCCGGGGAACCUUGUACUGAGACUGCGGGACCACAUUGUCGUGGACGAGCGGGAGCUGGUGGCCGCCCGCUCCUCAAAACGCGCGGUCUGCUCCUCGCUGCAGGGGCCCUCCUGCCGCGAUGCGGAGGCGGCGCUGCUGGUGGACGGCGUGGUGUCGCGGCGGCUGCGGGAGGCGCAUCCGGAGGCCUUUCUUUGGGACUUUGCUCGCGAUCAGAAGGUGGCGAUCCUGGUGUCCCAGCUGAUCCAGCGCCUCUCGGAAGGUGCCAAUCGGAGCAGUUCCUCCAGGCCCGGGGAGACGGUCUUGGGUGCCUUCCUGCAGCCGCCGCGGAGCCGCUGCUUCGAGCUGGAGACCUGGCGGCUGCCGCCCUUCGUGCGGUUCCUGCCAGAGAAGUUCGGCGCCGGGCUGCCGGCCGAUACCGAGCCCCGGUGGCACGGGGUGUGGCAUGUGGUGAGAUGCCCUUACCCCGCCACCCCGGCGAAAAAGGUGUAUCUCGGCGAGGCCCUGCUGCGGCGGGGCUGGUGCCUGCGGCUCUUCGGCCGCGGUGCGAACCGCAGCGCGGCGCUGCGUUUUGCUCGGCCGCUGGUGCUGCGGCGCCUGGUGCUGGGCGUCACGGAUUCUGUGGCCCGGUCUCCAGAGAGCACCUGGGGAGCAGGGAGCUUCGUUUGCGGCCACCUGCAGGGUGAGGAGACCUGGUGCCGAAGCUUGGACCAGGUCGCCAGAGAUGCCAGAGCAUCCAAGACCCUCGGGGCAGGUUCUGGCACCUUCUACACGGACGUGGGGGACAGCCUCAUGGAGGUCGACGAGGUGGUCUUCUCUUCCGUGCCGCUGGGCGGCCUGACCAUCGCCUCCAUCGCCGUGUCUGCCACAAAGCACUGGCAGCAAAGGCCGCAGCAGGAGGUGGUGCUGCUGCGUCGCCCGCUGGGCGACGGCGAGACAAAGCCGCCGGGGCUCUUCGAGGGCGUGCUGACGAAGAUUUCCCCGGACGCGGCGGUGUGGGAUGCCAAUCAGAUCCUGGAGCACCGGCUGCGCCUGGGCGGCCGCGUCACGGCGGUGCAGCAGCUGGCUGGGAGAACUGCCACGGAGGCGCCGGAGAAGGACCUAAUGGAGCUGGCUGCAGAUGAGCCCUCCCAGAGCCUCAGGCAGAAGCUGGUGAAAUCCAUCACGGAGCUCCUCGGAAGCCUUGCCGAGAGGCCAGGGGAAGUUGAGGAUGUCCAGGCGCUGAUCGCGGGCGCGGGUGCGGCAGAGGAUUGGUCGGAGGUUUUCUCCAAUCUGCAGGGGAAGCUGGACGCCGAUCAGCUGCAGCAGCUGCAGCAGUCGGUGGAGGAGGUGCUGGGCGCGUUGCUGCAAGGCCAAGACGAGGAGGCGAUCCCCGUAGAUUCGUGAAGCUGUCGUUGCAGUGGG